UCAAUAUGGCUGAUGUAACAGUUCUAUAUUUAUAAUACGCUUUAUAUAAACAUAAAACACCGCGUAAAUUUAACUAUUUUGUCUGUGAUGAACUGGAUAUAACUCUCCUAACAUUCUUCACGACUUUGUGAAGCAUUUUAUUGAGUAAGUAUGACAGUUCCGUCGACGCGUUCUCCAGUAAAAGAUUUCUACAGACUUCAGAAGAACAUCCACAGCUUUUCAAAUGGCGAAGCUAGGAUAACAUCGUUUGAUGAUGAACUAACGAGUUUUGAAGUCGAGCUGAAUAUAAAAGAUGGCUACUAUCAUGACGGUUUGUUUGUGUUCGAAGUAAGACUAGCGAACGACUAUCCAAUUAAGGUGCCCGAAGUUUCAUUCAAAAGCCAAAUUUUUCAUCCUAAUAUUGGAGAUGGCUAUGACGAAAGUGUCGUUUGCCUAAAUUUGCUCGAAGAGGAUUGGCAAGAAACGAACGAUUUGGAGGACAUUGUACAAGGAAUGCUCUUCCUUGUCAAGAACCCGGCCUUGGACGACGCUCUCAAUCCGUGUAUUUCGUACGACGCGGAUGGUCCAGGAGAGCUUGAGGAGUAUAUGGAGGUGUUCACGAAACAAGUUCGGCAAUCCCUUGAAGGAGGCGAGGUCGAAGGUAUUGUAUUUCAGAGAAAUCCUGGACUAGUUCAAAAAGACAACGAGAAGUCGAGAAUGUCAAACGUUGUGAACACUCAGAACAAAUCUAAAACGACCAACUCAACAAUGGAACUCGAAAGUUCAGAAAGACCAGCCCUGGGUCUGGGUGAUAACAUGCACCUCCCAGUCUCAAUUUUCCAAACUGUGAUAAACAUGUCUUUGAAAGAUGAACUCUACCGUUAUGGUCUAUACUGGAUAUAUAGAAAUUUUACAAAAUGUUCCAACCGUGGAAAGCAAGUGCACAGCAGAGGCCAGGGUUGUCCAAAGUGGCUCACAAAGAUGGCCAAUUUAAUGUUUGGUAGAGCAAGGAGGACAGAAAACCAUAGCUUCUUUUCAAAACGUUUGAAGAUAUUCCAAAGAUUCCCAGUUACUUCCAGAACAUUGAUAUGGAGUGCAUAGUUGAUACUUGUGUUAAAAAACAAUACUUAUAAAGCAUUGAAAUUCUUAUAUAUGUUGAAAACAAUCUAGUUAUGCUUAGGUAAUUGUUAUCAGAUACAUAUAAUCAUCAAACAAAUAUUGUUUUAAUUACCAUAAUACAAGGCUGGAUCCAGUAUUUUGGCUGACUGAUGGGAUUAUUAAAUUAUGUGUAUAAAUAUUAACCUAUUAGUGAAUAUUGUAAAAAGUUACAGUUUUGUUAUAUUUUUUAUUUAAAUUCAUAAUUCUGUAUAUGUAUGUAUUUAAACUCAUUAGCUUCAAAAUGCUCAGAAUGUGGGGGAAUGAGUGUGUAUAGCCACUAAGGCAUAACAUAUUCCCUAAAAUGAAAAUAAAAAAUUUGUACUCAAACCUGAGGCCAGUUGUAUAAAAAAAGACUAG